ACGGAACAUUGAACUUGUCUGGCAGUCGACGUAUGCAUUAGCUCGUCGUUUAAAUGAUGCGUUACAAUGAUUUCACAUAUGUUUCUGGUAAUGUUUAUUGGACAUUAUGAUUUCACCAUCCACGGUGUAUUUUGGUGACACCUUUGUUCAUAAUCAAUCAGAUAAGCAACGCGGGAGCCAAUAUGAUGGUCUUAAUGGUCAUGUGAAUUAUGUGGAUAAGAAGUCCUUUGGGGACUCGACAAAACUGUUGUGUGAUGCCUAUUUGCAGAGGAAACCUACCGACCACUCCUGCGUCACGGGUUCUUACAACCAAUUGUCUGAUGGCGGUAGCAGCUUUGUUGGUCUUUCUGGAAGUCUCGAACGCUUUGAUGAAACUAUAAGUUACAUGAGCAAGGAAUUCUCUCAGCUUGGACUCCUACUUAGUUCAUUGUUGACUACUUCUGCAGAUGGAUCAUCCACAUAUACAAUGAAACCGGAAUUGCAGACAUGUUUUGAUAGCCUGGCUGAACGCUUUCAGAUGGUUUCUAGGGAAAUCGAUCUUAUGAAAUCCCAAGUUGAGCUGGAACGUAACGCAAAUAUUAUGCGAUUAAGAUCUAUUUCUAGUUUAAAGUCCACUCUUGAAGAAGCAGAAAGCCAGCUGGAACAAUCACAAAAACUAGAACUUGAAAUAAGCAGUUUACGCGAGUCUAAUAAGCUUAUUAAAAAACAUUUUUACAAAUCUAAACAAAAUAAUUACUCAUCAAAAUCUAUCCAAGUCAACCUGUUGGAUAUUAUUUUCGCUACUGAAUCAAUAAACAGCUGUCUAGAACAAAACUAUGGUCGCAAACUUAGUAAUCACAAUGAAGGAAUGUAUGCUGUUUGGUCUAAGCAACAAGUGAAACAGACUGAUUCAAUGUCUUCCUUCUUUAAUACACUGAACACAUUGGGGAAAAUUUCAGAUCCGGUAAAUGGUCUUUCCAACUCUGCUUAGUGUUUGUCCCACCGCAUGUACUCUAUAAUUAGUGUAUAGUGUUGUAUGUUUUGCGUUCAGUUUACUUACCUUGUGAGUGUUGUUGCAUUUAGCCUGUAAAUGUUGUCGCCAUUUUUGUUGAUUGAAGUAAGUACCCAUUGUGUAAUAACUUCUGUUUUAUUGUCUUUGUGUCGUGCUUGUGGAUGGUUAGUUGUUAUACCGGGAUUUCGUGCAUGAACUUUUCCCUCAUUUAACUUCAUAUGAAAUUUACUUAUUAAUUUUCUUUUUUAUUACGUUUCUUCAUUCAUCUCUAGUUAAAAGAGACAUGUAUCAAUGAUUUACAUCAGUCUCCAUUGCAAGAGAAAUCUUUGUAUGAUAUAUCAAAAAUAAAGGCUCAAAUGACAUGUCACAAUGAUAAUGGUUCCUUCAGAUGCAUACGUCGAAGUUAUUCUCUGGAUGAUAACCGAUACGAGGCGACUUCUGGAUUACAGCCUCUAAACAAUGACGUGAUGCAGAUUUACAGUUGCUUAAGGCGAUGUUUAGGCUCUCAUGCUUUCGAUGGUCGAAUAAGUGUAACUGUUCUUGAAAAACUAUUCAAAUCUUUUAUGACUGGUGGAGGACCAUCGGCAUUCAAAGAAAUAUUUACUUCUGAUUUAUGUGACUCGAAUACUAAUCGGGAGAUCAAUGGUGGUUCUGCACAAGAAAUUAAGCAACUGAAAAUUCCAAAUGACUCUCACACAAAGGCUUUAAGUCUUGACGAACUGUUCGAAAGUAAAGAUUUACGGUCACAGUUAACUGCCUGCUUGAAAAUUGUCUCCGUGUUAUACAAUCGUCUUUCAACUGAUCAUGUACAAUUAGCCUCGUUAAUGAAUCAAUUGAAUCAAUGCAGUGAUUCAGUUUCUGUGACUUUAUCAACAGCAGCAAGUCAAUUGGUACCUGGUCCUGAGGUUCUAGAUGUAUGCUCAAAUUUGACAUCAGCUUGUAACCAGUUGAAACAUGUUCAUUCUCUUGCUUUGCAAUGUGAACAAGAAACAUCAGAUACUGUACAAAUUAUUUAUGCAUUUCAGCAAAGAUUAGAAGAAAGCCUAAACACAUAUGAUGUUAAAAUGCGUGAGACUGUUGCAAGUGCUAAGCAUACUUCUGUUCAGACAGAUUCUUUGACGAAAAAUGAAACACUGAAGCAAUCAGCGCCAGAUAGUUUAGAAAAUACUGGAUGUAAGAACUCUACAGGAAAAGUAGUUAAUUAUGAAACUUUGCUAAAAUAUGGUCUAGUUAGCCCAAGAAACGUACUCAAUAGAACCUUGAGACACUCUGGUUGCACAAAAUCUGACGAACCAGUUAAAUCUGAAUUACAAGAAGCCUUAUUGAACGCUUUAAGUCAGUUAGAUCGCUUGAAAAGGUAUCGUUCAACACAGAAAACACGUAUGGAUCAACUACAAGAACGAUUGGAUCAUGUAGGCAGUGAACUCGAUGCCAGCGUGGAUACUAUUCGCUACCAUCAGACAAAUUUUGAAGCACACAAACGUAGAUCUGCAAUGGAAACUGCUAAUUUACGUAACCAGCUAGCUAAAACAACUGCAUUGUUAGAGCAAUACAAGUUAUUGGUUAGUAAGGCUAACCUGAUCACAUCGACUUCAUUAAGUCAAAAUAUGCGAGCUCUUAUAAACAGUUCAGUUAAUAAAGAAAUAAAGAACCUACAGACCCAUGAUGAACUACAAAAUAUGGAUAAUCUUAGUAUUGAUGAUUUAAAACUGAAAUUGUCAAUUUCUCAAAAUGAACUAAAUCAGUUACGGUUAGAUAUAGUGCAUCAAAGAGAAGAUGCUGAUCGUGAAGCCUCGAGACUUCGAGGUCAAUUGGCUGAGGUCACCUCAGAUGCACGAGCUCUUCGAAUCCAGUUAAAUCGGCUUUUAUCUCAAAAUGUUUCAUCGAAUAAGGCUACUGGUUUAGAAAAUACCAACUGUCCAGAAACUGUCAGCUGUUCGAAUUGUCAAAAACUUCAACGUCUCAAUGAUCUACUACAAAGAAAACAGUCGAAAAUGAAUCCUAUUCCUGAUUUGAUCACAGAUCAAGGCAAUAUGAUGAAGUGUAACAAUGGCGUCUCUGAGAAUUGUAUCAACACGCAAAACAAGAGUUAUAUCCGAAAAACUUUGGAUAAUUCUACGCAGACAGAUGUAUUAAGUUGUGUUUAUCUUGAAGACAAUGUUUUAAAAGUGGACACAGCUAUUGAUCCUGUCGAUACGCUUACAGAUAGUUUUUUGACAAACAUACCAGUUUUAAAAUGCAAAUCCACUCAAACUGAAUCGUUUCUUAUGAUGAAUGGUGACAUAUUACCGUCUGAAUCCAAUCUAGCCGGUGAAAUAUCUUUAAUGGGUGAAAUUAUGAGAUAUGGUGGCGGCGUAAGUGAAUCGACUGUUUUGAAAGGCCUACCGAAUGAUCAUCAUACGUCUACGUCUAAAUACAAUUCAUUGGAGUCCGCAGCAUCAUCUUCUCUGAAGAAAUUUGAAGCUCGUACUGUCAGCAAUUGUCAAGCUUUAUUAGUGCAGUCGUCAGCUAAUGACUUAAAACAUUCUGAUUUGAGUAGUUUGAAUGAACCGGCCAGUGAAGAAGAAGAAGACUGUUCAUAUUCUGUUUUGCUGCGUCGAUUGAAAGCAGCUGAAGAGGAAGCAGCGAUGGCGAUGGAUCAAUUGAAGUCAAGCAAUGCAGAGUUUCUUACUUUAAGAGAACGAUUAUCGCAUGCAAUUGUAGAGCGUGCACAUUUAAAAGAAACUAUUGACGGAUUAGAUGAACAGGUUACUUUACUUGAAGAAUCGUUGUAUGAACGUACACAGGAAUUGCACAAGUGUCAAACACUUCUUGAGAAGCAUUGUCCUACCUACCAAAAGCCUACAUUUUCAGAUUCUGGUUGCUGUAUACCUGAGCCAAAAUCAUCAGUACCACAGACAAUUUCAAAACAGUUUCAAAAAUCAAAGUUAACAAAUCAGUAUACAGUUGAUUCAGCUAUUAUUGAUUUGAAGGGGCUUCUUCAAUCCUACCAGCCGCCACAAACAUUUAUUCGUUCGUCUUUCACGAGGUCAAACUAUGUUAAUCGACUCGUCAAAAUGAAUGAUCGUAUAUCAGUUUGGUUGACAUAUUUGGCACUACUUAGUAAACAAGUGACUUCCAGACUAUCUACUGGCAUACAGUACACUUCAUUUCGUUUACAAAGUCAACCUCGGCCCAAGCCAGUAUUGAUAUGCCUAAUCUACUUUCUUUUUAUACACUUACUCUUAUUACGUUGCUGGCUGUUCUAAGCCCAGUGUGUUGUUUCCCUUCCGUCGUCUAUUUACCCCCGGUAGUCAGCAUUAUCAUCCAUUGCUGUGUGUGUGUGUGUAUGUGUACAUCAAACGUUGUGUAGUUAGUGACGUGUUACAAUAAAUGGGAUGUUUCUGUGAUAUUUCGAUAAUAUUUGUUUUAUUAAUUUAUUUAUUUAAUAUAUUAUUUUUUCGAAUGAUCAUUUCGCUUUCUAAGGCGUAUCUCAUUAAACCUGACAACAACCAUUGUAAUUAUAAGUUCUUUCUUCCUUCAAAACGAUAUUUUAAAGAGCCUUGCUUAUACCUAUCUCAGUGUUAUUUAUUUGUGUUCUCUUAUCUUUCCUGUGAUUUUCAUUGAUCGAAAUUUUUCAAUAAAUUAAUAUGUGUACAACACCAUUGCGUGUGUGUGUUUUUUUUAAAUUGUCAUUGUGUGUGUGUGUGUUCAUGUUCUAUUUCAUUGUGUGUGU